AGCGCUUCCGGUUGGAGACGUGGCUUAUACUUCUGCCAUAUUGAGCCGUGGAGCAGUGCCCUUUCACAGAAAUAUCUGUUUUAUUUAUCACCACAUAGCAUUUAUACAACCACACACCCGCCAUCGAGAACAUUAAACGCUGGAAAGAUAACAGACACUGAAAAUGGUGCUGUUGGCUGCAGCGGUGUGCACCAAGGCAGGAAAGGCCCUGGUAUCGCGGCAGUUUGUGGAGAUGACACGGACACGAGUGGAGGGUCUGCUGGCUGCUUUCCCCAAGCUGAUGAACACAGGCAAGCAGCAUACAUUUGUGGAGACCGACAGUGUGCGCUAUGUCUACCAGCCACUGGAGAAGCUCUACAUGGUCUUGGUCACCACCAAGAACAGUAACAUACUGGAGGACCUGGAAACACUGCGUCUCUUCUCACGUGUGAUUCCUGAAUACUGUCGUGUCCUGGAGGAGAGUGAGAUUUCUGAGCACUGUUUUGACAUCAUCUUCGCCUUUGAUGAGAUUGUCGCCCUCGGUUACAGAGAAAAUGUCAACUUGGCCCAGAUCCGGACAUUCACAGAGAUGGAUUCUCAUGAGGAAAAGGUGUUCCGUGCUGUGAGAGAGACUCAGGAGCGUGAGGCUAAGGCAGAGAUGAGACGGAAGGCUAAAGAGCUUCAGCAGAUACGGCGUGAUGUCGAGCGCGGGAAAAAGGGGCCGGGCUUCGGUAAUUUCGUCAGCUCAGGCAUGAGCAGCAGCAUGGACAUAAUCACAGACACUCUGAUUGAGCUUGAGAAACCCAAACCCAUCCCUGCACCUGUUAGGUCCAGCGGACCAAGUAAAGCACUUAAAUUGGUUGGUAAGGGAAAGGAGGUGGAUGACUUUGUGGACAAACUCAAGUCAGAGGGAGAGAAUAUCAUCUUGCCCAGCACAGGCAAAAGACCCUCUGAUGCAUCCAAAUCUCUUCCUGCUCCAACACACACAGAAAGUGUGCACCUACGAGUGGAAGACAAGAUGACCUUAAUAUGUGGGCGUGAUGGUGGCCUGCAGAACAUGGAAGUGCUUGGCAUGAUUACUCUCAGAGUGUCUGAUGAAAAGAAUGGACGAAUUAGGCUGCAUGUCAACAAUAAGGACAAGAGGGGUGUUCAAUUGCAGACUCAUCCCAAUGUAGACAAAAAGCUUUUCACAGCUGAUUCUGUGAUUGGCCUGAAGAACCCAGACAAAUCCUUCCCUCUGAAAAGUGAUGUGGGUGUGCUCAAAUGGAGACUACAGACCACAGAUGAAUCUCUCAUACCUCUAACAAUAAACUGCUGGCCCUCUGAGAGUGGUAAUGGCUGUGAUGUAAACAUUGAGUAUGAGCUACAGGACGAAUCUCUGGAACUCAACGAUGUAGUCAUCUCUAUCCCUGUUCCGUCAGGGGUGGGAGCUCCUGUGAUUGGAGAUUUAGAUGGAGAAUAUCAUCAUGACAGCAGACGGAAUGUUCUGGAGUGGUGUCUGCCUGUGAUUGAUGUGAAGAAUAAGACCGGUAGCCUUGAGUUCAGCAUACCUGGCCAGCCCAAUGACUUUUUCCCUGUUAAUGUCUCCUUUGUCUCCAAGAGCAACUACUGUGACAUUCAGGUCACGAAGGUAUCCCAGGUGGAUGGGGACAGUCCGGUUCGGUUCUCCACAGAGACGUCAUAUGUGGUCGACAAGUACGAAAUACUGUAGAAGGAAAUAUCACUAAUGCAAUUCCACCCAACUUGACAAAAAGUGCAGAUAAAUGGACUGAAAACAUUCAUAUAAAUAUAAGGGAGAGACUUGCAAAUGGAGGGGCAAUGCAGUCUUUAUCAUCUUCAGCAGUACUUUAACAGGAUUUUUUUUCCCCCAAAAAAGAAAUCGAUGUCCUUUUGGCCCUUGCUGGUAUUAUUGGCUGUAAUUGUACCAAAUUUGUUACAAAAAGCAACCUUCAUUAUAAAGGCCAAACCAAUCAUGAUGUAAUUGUGGGUUGAGGCUUAAAUGGGGACUGUAUUAGAAGGAGAGAGUGGGCUGGUGGGGCUGUAUUCAUUUGAAGCCAUCAUGGCAGUAAUUAGUUACGUCUCGCUGAUGUACUAUUGGUGCAAAAUGUUAAUUGCCGGCUGAUAUAACUCCACCGUAAGGGAAAAGUCAGGUUCCUUGUGUCUUUUCUGUUUGUGGCUCUCCAAAGUUAAAUUUUCCUUUUGUCGUAAACUUAACUUUUUGAAACACUAGAACAGAGGUAAGGACUUCUUUUCUCUUUAGUCACAGCUUGUGUGUCACAUCUCUGUUAUGUCAUUCAUGCCUCUUGUUUUUUCUAUAAAUAUAUAUGUUAUCUAAUUUUUCAAUGUUGACAAAUGUAUGAAUUUGAUCUUUGCCUGACUCUUGACUGGCUGUGUGCUCUUCUGCUUUUAAAUCAUGUUGUGGUGUAAUAAUGUCAAGCCUUUAAUGAAAUGAAGCCUUCAGAACUAUGUUCCCUGAUAUCAAAAUACAAAUUGCCAAUAAAUGUAAAUUUGAUAAAUAAAUUAAUAAUAUAUUACAGUGAAUAGAUUUGAUUCUUCCAUUAGUAAUGUGGUGGUUAUUACUAAGCUUACAACAUUGUGUGCAAAGAAAAACAUUGCUUAAUGUUGCUUAAAAAAGUGUAUUGUAUUGAAAGCAUAAACUACAGGCUUUGACUUCGCUAAAACAACAACUAAAAAGGCAGCCUGCUCAGUCUCUGAAAAAUCUGAAAUGUGUUUUAGUGGAGGUUCAGGACCUGUCAAUGAUUGUGAAUGUGUUUUCAGAGAGGGACCUCUGGUCUCUAAUCAGCAUUAAAAGUGAUUCCCAGCCUGUCAAGCCAUUAGCCCAAUCUUCAAUCUAAUUCAAUCCCUCAAAACCUUGCUGAAGAAAAGUGAAGAGGUCUCCCUUUAUCUAUUUGUUCCCAAUAAUGCCAUGAAUGCAUCUGCAUAGUUUGAUGAGGGGUAGGACUUAUUUUAUAUUUUUGUUGAGUCUUGAUGGAAUCAUAAUGUGGACUGGGGAAGGUAGAAAGAUUAUUUUUAUUUUUUUGUAAUCUUGUAAAAUAAUAAAUUAGGCAUUGAUGAUGAAUAACAUUCCAAUGUAAUCUU